CUGUGUGCACCUCUGCUUGCUAAACACCAUGAGCACCCCCUACAGUGCACCUAUGACAGCAAUCAAAGAUGGGGAAAUGUCAGACAUUUUUGGUGCCUGUAUCAAAUGGCCUUUACUGCUCAACACAGGACAGGAAGAAUGACACCCUGGAAUUCCGCCCAAUGAGAGCCGCUUCAGCUGUAAUACGGCCAGAUGAAGUGGGAAGAUGUGGAAGAAACAUAGGCAGAACGGGGGGUGGGGGCAGGCAGGGCACGUGCCCUGGGCGCCACUGAGGGGGGGGCGCCACGCCAUUUCCUGCCACCCCCACCCCAUUGGCCACCUGCCCAGCCCCAGGGCCCCUCAGCCACUCGCCUCCAGCUCCGGCCUAGGAUCGGCAAGGAGGCCUAGGAUCGGAGCAGCCUGCAAAAGGCAGAGCAGCUCUUCCCUCCCCGCGUCUCAGCUGAUCGGCGGGUGGACGGGGCUUCCAGAGAGGCCUCCCUGAAGCCUGAACUGGGCAGGCCCCAGCAAGCCCGGAAGGAGGCUGGCAGAGCUCCCUGCAGCAGAGCUUUUGCAAGGAGCGUAUGGAGCCAGACCCCCUGUGGCAGCUGGAGCAUCUGGGGGAGCUUGCUCGGAAGGAGUUCAAAAAAUGUUGAUUCAUCCAAGGAGUGUUGACCAUUCACACUGAGUGUGAAUUGCAGAUGGAGCAACCUGCCCACCACAUGCCAGAAUCUGUCCAUGUACGUUUGAAGCAAGUCUUACGUUCCCUAUCGAAGAGGAAUGGGGGUUCAAGAGCCUUGGAAUGCCCAAGUUGCAUUUCUCCAGGAAUAUCAGCAUUGGCUGAAAGAACCAGCACAUCACACGCCAGAAUCUGUCCAUGUACAUUUGAUGCAAGUCUUACGUUCCCUAUGGAAAAGGAAUGGGGGUAGGAGCCCAAGGGGGUGGUUGUGCUGCAUCCCUAGACCAUGGAGGAGGUUCUAGGUCUGUCCCCCAUUCCACUUGUGCAAGGGGCUGUCUGAGCUGGAGGGACAUCCUAGCUCCGAGUCAGGGAAAGGACAGUUCCUGGGAAGAGAUCUCUGCUCCUCCGCCCUCUCCUCCUCCCCCCACUACUGGGCAUUACGACUGUUCCUGGGCACAGAAAGAAGAGCAACAGAAAUAUGCUAUGGACAGAGUCACUGCUGCAUCUGGCAGUGUCCAUCUAGCAUCAGGUGGUCCAAAUAUCCCACCUCUGCAGAAACCUUUUCACGCUGAGGUACUCCUCACUCUUAGGCCAGCUAUAGGGACCAUCAGUGCAGUAUUCCUGAGAAGUAGCUAAGAUUUCAGAGUUGGGUCUGUGUUGUUUUCUGGAUUCCUUUUAGAAGUGGACACAGAGUGUGGCCAUGGAGGGUUUAAGGGAGCUCCGCAGUUCGACCUGCAGGAUCCUGGAAGCGCUGGAAGCCACACAGGAAUUCCUUGCAAAAAACCCUACAGCGAGAUUCUAUGGGCCAGGAAACUUCCAUAAGAGAAUUAUGGAAACCAUGAAGGUUACGGAAGCUAUGCAGCCAAACCAAGAGCCUUGGAGCAUGCCAGGACUGGGGACAUCUGGCAGAGACGGUGAUCCUGGGUCCCUGCCAGUCACAGAAGACAUUCAGAUCCAAGAGGCUUGGCUCACACCAGGACUGGGUGCUUCUUGCAAUGUGUUUCAGCCUUGGCCAAAGGAACCAUCAGAUCGCAUGGGCAUUGAAAAAAACUGGCCAGAGGGAUGGUGCGGGCUCAGGAGCUUCUCAGCCAGAAUCCUCCAAGCCAUGAAAGCCGUGCAGCAGGACCAAGAGCUUUGGAUCAUCCCAGGACCGGGGGCCUCUGACAGUGAAUGUGAUCCCGGGCCAAAGGAACCAUGUGAUUCCACACUGCAAGUCAAAGAUGCCAUUCAGCCAGUGCAGUUCUUUCAAAAAAGGAGUAAUAUGGUCUCUCCGAGAUGUCCCAGAGACCAACCUGGCUGCCGCAUUCUGGACCAACUGCAGUUUCUGGACUAGGUACACAGGCAGCCCCACAUAGAACGCAUUGUAGUAAUCUAGCCCAGAGAUGAUCAGCAGUUGUACUACUGUUCUGAGGUCUUUCAUCUCAAGAAACGGACGCAGCUGGCGUAUCAGCCGAAGCCAGGGGAAAGGGCCAUUAGCCUCUCCAUUUCAUCUUUAAGACAGGUUUUGAAAGUCUGCCACCAACUUGGAAAAGAAUAUUCACCAAUGCAUUGACUACCAUUGAGGAGACUAUUUCAGAGAAUUCUUUUAUCCCUAACUGCAACCCGCCUGGGAACCAGGGAAGCGCCACGGGAGCCCGAGUCCCUCUCCCGGCGGCAUCAUCGCUCCCACCUUCUCAUAGGCCUUACCGGCUGGCCAGGAAACCACCUGCCCCAUCCAGAGGGCUUGAUCGGGGCCACAGAGGCUGCGGUGCAGUGAGGAGUUGCUGCGAGAGAAAUGCGAAGGGCCUCCACAGCUGCCUCCAUCUGGCUGUAGAGGCCAAGAAAGGUUCAAAACCAGAGCGGGCACAUCGGAUGGCACGGGGGCGGGGCCUCGAAGCCCUUCUUUGGAGGGUGUGUCACACCCAGACAUGACAGGGCCAAAUAGACCAGCCGCGGUGGAGCCCCUGGUACCAGUUGACCUUCAUGGGGAUGCCCCCUCCACCCCGCCUUCAGGUGUGCUUUAAACAGAACCACCCACAUGGCAGACCUGGUUUCAAGAUUGGCAGGAUAAGUCUCUCCAACAGUCCAGGUCAUCCAAGGGCCAAGGUGUCCAAGACCCAGGAGGGACCCAUCAUCAUCUUCUUCCUCAGGAAGCCAGACUCCCAGAAAAUCUAAAAAGAAAAGCAAGGCAAAGAGUAUAAGGCAUAUGCCAGAUGCAGGGGGAGAGCAACUGGCCCUAUCCAUCCCCAACAGCACAGCAUCGCUCCAGUGGCAGUUGCUGGGGUCUGUCUUAUGUUUCUUUUUGAGACUGUGAGCCCUUUGGGGACAGGGAGCCAUUUUAUUUAUAUCUAUGUAAACCGCCUGAGGAACCUUUUAUUGAAAAGCGGUAUAUAAAUAUUCAUCGAAUUCUUAUUCGUAAGUCGUGCCUCACCUUCGGGAGGGCCAGGAUGCAGCAGGCGUCCUCCUCACGCCCUUCUUCCUGUCCUGGAAUCCAGGGGACUCAGCUGCCCACCAGACCCAGACCAGAAACACCACCGCAGCCCCUGCCUCCAGCGCCAACUCCAGCCCCACCCAGCACUGCAGGCUCCCCCGAGAGCACCGGAGAGGAGAUGGAAAGAGGAAGGCCCAAGAAGAGGUUGUGGUAUUCUACUCCCCUGCUGUACAAGAUGAGGUUCCUGGACCAUCCAAAUCUGCGUAUCCUGUCAACCUGAAGAAAAGUGUAAUUAGUACAUUUUAUUUAUUUUAAAUAAAAUUUAUCUUUAUUU